AUGACUGUUGCUAUUAAUAAAUUGUUAGAGCUAGGGGCUAUUAUUGAAUGUUCUCCGAGCAAGGGCCAAUUUAUAUCAAAGAUAUUUCUUGCACCGAAACCAAACGGAGGUAAACGCUUCAUAUUAAAUCUAAAAUCAUUAAAUAAAUUUAUUUCAAAGCCCCAUUUCAAAAUGGAAGACUACCGAACAGCUUCUAAAUUAAUACCACAAGAUGGAUAUUUAGCUACAAUCGACUUAAAAGAAGCAUACCUACUUGUGCCAAUCCAUCCCCGGCAUAGGAAGUAUUUACGAUUUCAAUUCGAAACUCUUGAAAAUAAGUUAGUCACCUAUGAAUUUACAGCUAUGCCCUAUGGACUUUCUGUGGCACCUAGGGUUUUUACAAAAAUUAUGAGAGAAGUAAUUUCCUGUUUGAGAAGUCGUGGUCAUGAUUCAGUUAUCUAUUUAGACGACACUCUUUGUAUAGGUAGUAAUUACCACAUGUGUUCUACCAAUGUAAAUGACACAUUAAAGUUAAUGAAAUGUUUAGGAUUUAUUAUAAAUGUCGACAAAAGUUAUUUACAACCUAAUCAAACGUGUAAAUUUCUAGGUUUUAUCUUUAACACCACAAAUUUGACAAUAUCUCUUCCGGAAGAGAAACGUACUAGUAUUAUUCAAUUGGUUCAAAAGUUUUUGCGAAUAUCUCAUUGCACUAUCCGUGAAUUUGCACAAUUGAUUGGAGUACUUAUUGCUGCUUGUCCAGCAGUUAAGUAUGGUUGGCUUUACACUAAGAUGUUAGAAAGACAAAAGUUUCUUGCAUUAUUGAAAAAUAACAACUAUGAAAAAGAAAUAGAAAUUCCAAAAACUAUUUCUCCAGAUUUAAACUGGUGGAGUUCAAGUGCACUUACCACAUCAAACCAUAUGCGAAAUGCUGGUUUUAAAAUAAAGAUUUACACUGACGCAUCUCAAACAGGCUGGGGCGCAGUUUGCAGCGAAAAUCGCGCACAUGGUUGGUGGUCAGUGAGUGAACGUGAAUUCCACAUUAAUUAUUUAGAAUUGUUAGCAAUUUUUCUAGGUCUAAAGAGCUCAUCAUGCAAUGAGUCAAACUGUUCAAUUCUAUUACGUGUCGAUAACACCACAGCUUUAAGCUAUGUGAACCGAAUGGGAGGGAUUCAGUUCCCUCAUUUAAAUGAUAUUACACGUCGAAUUUGGCGAUGGUGUGAAGAGCGCAACAUAGUUAUUUAUGCAUCAUACGUCAAUACAAAAGAUAACCGCGCUGACGCUGAAUCAAGGAUUGUAAACCCAGAUACCGAAUGCGAGUUGUCAGACUGCGCCUUUCACUCCAUCAUGUCGCAUUUUGGCCAACCGGAAGUUGAUUUAUUUGCCUCUCGUACCAACGCCAAAUGUCCAAGUUUUGUGUCCUGGAAACCGGAUCCAGAAGCAAUGGCUGUAGAUGCGUUUACUAUUAAUUGGAAUAAUUGCUACUUUUAUGCUUUUCCGCCUUUUUCAAUUAUUUUAAAGUGCUUGAGAAAAAUUGUAGAUGACAAGGCAGACGGUAUUUUUGUUUUUCCAUUUUGGCCUUCACAGCCCUGGUUCCCGUUGUUACAGAGAUUAAUGGUAUCUGAUAUUUUGUACCUCAAUCCUCAUAAAUUCCUAUUGCAAUCUAAUUUCAGGGAACAUCACCCCCUGCAUGCACACCUUACCCUGGGUGUCGCGAGGCUCUCCAACAAGCCUUCGCUCAACGCUCCAGAGGCUUUAGUUUUAAUGCUGGCUUCGCUCUCUGAAAGUACGGUAAAACAAUACAAUGUGUCUUACAAACUAUGGUGGCAGUUUUGUAACCAACACAUUAUAAACGUUUUCUCACCAUCUUUAACAUUUAUAAUGUUAUUUGUGACUGAACAGUUUAAUACAGGUUGCUCGUACGGUAGUCUAAACUCGCAUCGAUCUGCGUUGUCAUUGCUCGUUGGUAGCAAUCUUACUACCAAUGAUAGCGUAAAACGAUUGCUUAAAGGGGCAUAUAAAUUGAAACCAAGUGUUCCCAAAUAUAUCCAAACAUGGGACCCCCAAAUUGUUUUAAAUUACCUAAAAGAAUGGUUUCCUAACAUAAAUUUAAGCCUGGAAAAAAUUACAAAGAAGCUUGUGACCUUGUUAGCUAUUUGUACUGGUCACAGAGUCCAAACUCUGUCUCUUAUAAAAUUGGAAAAUAUUUCGUUUACAAGCAGUGGUGCAAAAAUAGUAAUUUCCGAUUUAAUUAAGACGUCCGCGCCGGGUCGUGAUCAACCUGUAUUAGUAUUACCAUUUUUUACACAUAAUUUAAAUAUAUGCCCUGCAAGUACAUUAAAAGAUUACAUUUCUUUUACAGAUAAAAAGAGAUUGCAAAACAAUGGUAAUCUUUUAUUAACUUUUAAACAUCCACACAAACCAGCCACGACCCAAACAAUAAGUCGUUGGAUAAAACAAGUACUUUCUGAGAGCGGAAUAGACGUGUCGGUGUUCGGUGCUCACAGCACACGACACGCAUCUACUUCUGCCGCGUUCAGCGCAGGCGCCAGCGUUGAACUAUACGUAAGGCUACUGGGUGGACAUCCUCGUCUAGCGCUUUUGCCCGUUGUUAUAACCGCGUAUUGA